UUGUUUCGAAUGUCGGGAGCUAGCGCUGGUUAGGAGACCGCGCGCACAGAAGGUAUCGAUUAUUACUACAUUUGUGGAGAGCAAGGAAGGUCGUCGACAUCCGCAGCACUUCGUAUUUCAGGAAUAUCCUCUCUCCCCCACCCCCCCCCUCUCUUUGUCAGAGAGCAUGGCUCAGGAGACCAAUCAGACGCAAGUGCCAAUGCUUUGCACUAUGGGCUGCGGUUUUUAUGGUAAUCCCCGCAGCAACGGCAUGUGCUCGGUCUGCUACAAGGAACACUUGCAGAGACAACAGGGCGGGGGCCGUUCCAGCCCCCCAGGUGAGAAAGGCUCGGUCACGUCAUCGCCAGUGGGGUUCCCGGGAGCAGCUGGUGUGUCGGUGAAGCGCACGACGGCGGAACCCAGCACGGAAGGGGUCACUCCUGCCGAGGAAAGGACAUCCAGUCCCAGCCCAGUAACCCAGCAGAUGACAGCCAUGAGUAUCUCCCAGGAUACUGGAGCCACUGACUCAGACCGGGCUGAUUGGAACGAGGAAGAGGAGGAGGAGGAGGGGACAUCCAAAAACCCAGAGCCAGUGGGGGAGGGAGCCCAGCCCUCGUCUGAUGGUGAUCAGACCCCUGACAAAAAUAAGAAGAAGAACCGAUGCUUCACCUGCCGGAAGAAAGUGGGCCUCACGGGCUUCGACUGUCGCUGUGGUAACCUGUUCUGCGCCAUUCACCGCUACUCGGACAAACAUGACUGUCCUUACGACUACCGAGGUGCUGCCGCGGCCCGCAUACGCAAGGAGAACCCUAUCGUGGUGGCUGAGAAGAUCCAGAAGUUAUGAGGACUAAGUAGAAAAGUCUCUGACGUGCAAAUUUGGAACAAUGGCGGCAUGUCAUAAUACCAGCUAAAAUGGUUUCAUUUGUUCAUGGUAGGAUAAGGUGGGUGGGGUGGCAGUGUCACAGCCCCUGUCCGGACGCUCCCUUUAUUACCAUCUCCCUCUCUCCUAGAGUGACCGUUUGAGUGUGAAUGCCUGUGUGGUGAGAUGGUCUGCGUGUGUGUUGUUUGCUUGAGAGUCAGGGAGAGUGCAGUAGGGUUUGGUGGGCAUUUAAUUUUUACUGUUGAGUUAAUUUUUAUAUCACCCCUGUGUGGUGGUUAAAAUGAGACAGAAGUGACAUGUUUAAGGGCAUGCUACAUCUCCGAUAAGGACAUCAGGAUGUCGACUUAAGAUCAAUACUGGGAGUUUCUGUGUACCAGCAAUAUAUUUUUGAGGGCUUCAGAUUAAUUUACUCCCAGAGAAAAACACCUUUGUCCAGUUUCUGUCAAAUGGGCCUUUGUUUUAACUGUCAAAUGGGCCUUUGUUCACCCAUAGGUGAAUCGUUCAUAACAUGUCAAACAAAUUUUCAAGAAAUGUUGGUCUUUGAUAUAUAUUGACUUAUCAUACUGAUAUUGGGUGCAUGAACAGUUAUUGGAGGGGGUUAUCGAGAGAGCCUCGACAUAGCUGAGUGAGUUCUGUUUUUUUUGUUUUUUCCUGUAUGACAUCAGAUCUAUAUUAAUAUAUUGUAGUUUGCUUGAAUUGUGUGAUUGGAUUCUAUUUAUUUUUUUAUGAUCAUUUGGUUGGUUUGUGUACUGGAGGAUUGGCAGCAUGUCAGCAAAUCAUUUGAUUUGUACUCAACCUUUCAAUUCUAUUAUAGCAUUUACAUCUGAUUAUGUAACCAUUUGAAAAAUACAACUUCUGAUAUGUGAUUGAGUAGAGUCCUGUUAAUAAAUUCAGAUUAGGACUGUGCAGAAAAUUCCAUUAUUAUGGAAUCAAAGCACAACAAUUAAAGUUUCAACUGCAGAGCACAAGACAUUGAAUGUGCAAGUUAACUUACUCAGUUUUCUUCAGCAUCCGGGUCUUUUAUAGUUUAAUUUGAUCUCUGCAGGUUUGCUACAGAGAAUAAAGCAUGUUCUGCCAAUCCAGGCAGGACAUAAUGUAGUGUU